AUUUACAGCAAUAUAUAAAACGUCUAAAAUAUCCCUGAAAGCAGACAUAACCUUUGGAGGGAAGAAUGCAGUACCUAAAAAUAACCAUGCUGUGGAAUAUAUAUUACAUAUCCCUGGUGUUAUUUUCAGCAUCUUUGAUUCAGCAAGUUUCUUCUGAAGAUUUAUCAAGCUGUGCAGGGAGAUGUGGGGAAGGGUAUUCUAGAGAGGCUGCCUGCCAUUGUGAUUAUAGCUGUCUACACUACAUGGAGUGCUGCCACGAUUACAAGAAAUUCUGCACAGAGGAACUCUCCUGUAAGGGACGGUGCUUUGAAACGUUUGUGAGAGGGAGAGAAUGUGAUUGUGAUGCAGACUGCGAAAAAUAUGGGAAAUGCUGUCCAGACUAUCAGAAACAUUGUGAAGAAGCACUUACUACGAAAUCAUCAUCAACCAGAACAACUCCUUUGGUGACCAAAACAACAGCUAAACGGUCAUCAAAAAAUUCAAAGAAUAAGAAACCAAAGAAAGUAGUUCAAUCCCAUGAAGUUAUGGAAGAACAUUCAGAAUCUGAGAAACAGAAAUCAUCUUCCUCAUCGUCUUCUUCAUUGUCGACCACAACCAUUCGGAAGACAAAGGCUUCGUCAAAAAAUCCCAAUGAAAAUGGCCAAACAAAGGACAUUAAAAACAAAAAUAAUAGAAAAGCGAAGGAUGCCAUGAAAGAGAAAGACUCAAAAAACAGAAGAACUACAGCUGAUAAAAUAAGAGAAAUUUCUGAGGAGAUUGGCAGUGGAUUGGAAAAUGCGGGCACCAGGCCUGCUCCUACUACAAAGCACCCCAACAGAAAAAUUUUAAGAGAAGGAAAUAAAGCUACAACAGCAGCUCCUUUGUCAGAAGAAAAUUUUAGAGAGACCCCUGCCUCCCAACCACAUAAAACUACUAUGACAAUCAAAAUGAAUACUACAAAGAUAUUAACUCCAAAGACCAGCAUGCCACCUACUACUACAACAAGUACAACUAAGAUCUCAGCAUUAACUAAUGCAGCUCAUGUCACCAAAGCUAAAGACAAAAGUACUACAUCUAUGAAAAAUGCCACACCUACUACCACUAAAGGGGCAACCAUAGCUAAGAAAAACACAAGUAUUGUAACAACUACAAUAGAUAAAGAAACAAUAGCCCAAACAGAUAAAACAGUAACAGCUAUUACUGAAAGUCAGACUGUAACAACAGCAAAACCAGUCACGACAGCUGCAGCUAAAGACACUGUAAAAACAACAGCAAAAAAAGACGCUACCACAAUAGCUAAGAAAGACACAACCACAGUAAAUGAUAUUAUAUUCAGUCCGGAUGAAAAAGACGUAAUGAGUGAAAAAGGUACAACUACUGCAGCUAAGAACACUGUAACAAGAGCACCUAGAACAGACACAACUACAGAAAUUAAAGACACUGUAACAACAACAGGAAGAAAAGAUACAACUAUUGUAGACAAAGAAAAGGUAACAACCAAAGUACUAGCUACUACAGCUAAAGAAUCUAUAAUGACAACAGCUAAACUAGACACAACUACAGCAACUAAAAAGACACCUACUGCUGCUGAAGUAACAACUGUGGCUACUGACUUGACAAAUGAAAGAGAGACAACCACAGUAAGUGAUGAAGUUAUAACUCUAGAUGAAAAAGACUUAACUAAAAAACACACAACUACUGCAGCUAGGAAGACUGUAACAAGGGCACCAAGAACAAGCACAACUGCAGAAAUUAAAGACACUGAACCAACUGCACGUAAAAGAGAUAUAACUAUUGUGAACAAAGAAAACAUGCCAACAGGUGAAAAAGACAAAUCAACCACAGAUAAAAAAGACACAACUGUGGCUACAGAGACUAUGAUGUCUACAGAUGAAAGAGACACAAAAGAUGCAAAAAAGACAAUUACUGCAAAAAGAGAGACUGCAACAACAACUAAAACAGUCACAACUGGUUCAGCUAAAGACACUGUAACAUCAGCAACUAAAAAAGAUGCAUCUACUGCAGGUGAAGAGAUUAGACCAAGUCCAUAUGAAAAAAGCUUAAUGCCUAAAAAAGACACAACUGCUGCAUAUAGAGAGAUUGAAUCUUCCCCUAACACAGCCACAACUGCAGCAGCUAGGGAGACUGUCACAAGAUCACCUAGAACAGACACAACUAUAGACACUAAAGACACUCUAGCCACCACAGGUAAAAAAGACACAAGCACUGUGGACAAAGAGAGUGUAAUGACAAUAGAUACAAAAGACACAACUACUAUAGCUGAAGUCAAUAUAAUGACAACAGGUGAAAAAGACACAACAGGAAAAGACACAACUUUUGCCUAUAGAGAGAUUGUAACAACCAAAGUAACAGCUACUGCAGCUAAAGAAUCUAUAAUGACAACAGCUAAACUGGACACAACUACAGCAACUAAAAAGACACAAACUGCCACUAAACAGACACCUACUGCUGCUGAAAUAACAGCUGUGGCUACUGACUUGACUACUGCAGACAAAGAAGAAACUGAAGAUAACAGACAGAAAACUACGGCCACCAAACAAACAACUGAAGCGAAAAAAGAACUGACUGCGGUUAUCAAAGGGACAACUACGGAAAAAGCCUCUGAUGACAAAGAGGUAACCACAACAGAUAAAAAGGAAACACCUGAAAGUACUGUCACUAAAGAAACACUGACUGUCUCUGAAGAAGUGUCCACUAUAGCUAAAGACUCCCAGGAAAGACCUGUGUCACCAACACAAGAUGGACUUGGUACCACUGUCACACAAAUCCCACCAGUAAAAGCCACUGCCAAACCUUCCAUUGAACCUGAAAAAAAAGCUAACCCUGCGAUUGAAAUUACUGCUACUGCACCAAUAAACCUUACUACCUCUAACCCAAAAGACUUUAUGAAAACAAAAGUCCAUUUUGAAACCACAAAAGAAACCUCUACUGUUACUAAAAGAUCUGUAACAACUUCCAUUUCCAAGGGGACUACUGAAACCAAAGACAUCUCUGAAAAUGCAUACACUAGAGAUACUGCUACCCAGAAAAAUACAGAGCAGUCUCCAACUGACAGAUUACAAACUUCCAAGAUCAUCAUCAGCCCUUCUUUGACUCAGAAACCAGCAGCAAACUCAGUCCCUUCUGAGCAGGAGAAUCAUAGAGAUAAUUCAAGCCCCACUCCAAUGGACCCAAUGACUGUGGCAGACAGUAAUUUCCCUGGCAGAAACACAGAAAACCCUAAAGAACCAAACCAAAAUCCUACCUCUCCUAAACAAGAGGACUCCAUAGACUCCCUAGCAAUCUCAUUCACAACAUGUAUUGCUCCACUGAAAGGUACACUUAAUCCUAAUGGCAAUAAUGAGUAUAACUGGUUGGAAACCAUUACAAAAAUAACACAGACAACAACAAAAUCUAAUUCGGCUAUUUCUCAGAAACAAGAAACUACAUCACAUGGGAUUACAACUAGUAACAGCACUGAUCUUGUUUCAGAUAAAGCAAUUACCAAGGAAAACCAAAUUGCUAUGAACACAAAUACUUCAGUAAAACAUACAAUAGGGACUUCAAUCUCUGCAGCUGUGAAGGAUAUGCAUUAUACCUCCACCUUGGCAAAUGGAUUCAGAACCACAAGGCCUGAAGAGAGAAAAGAAGACCCACAUUUCCCUACUAAAACAUAUUCAAUAUCUUACUCAACUAACGCGCCAGAAAGAACUCCCACUAUCCAGGCAAACUCCACACUACAAAAGACGAUCAACACAACGUUCUUUUACAAAGGUGAACAAGAUGAUAAUAAUUUGUGUAAUGGAAAGCCAGCAGAUGGAAUUGUUGCUUUACCAAAUGGAACAUUAGCUGUAUUUCGAGGUCAUUACUACUGGCUGCUGGAUUCAGCUAAGCAACCAACAGUAUCCCCUCGCAAAAUCACUGAGGGGUGGGGUAUUCCAUCCCCCAUUGAUACAGUCUUUUCCAGAUGCAACUGCGAUGGCAAAACCUUCUUCUUUAAGGGUUCCCAAUACUGGCGUUUCACUAAUGAUGUAAAGGAUAUGGGAUAUCCCAAACAGAUUGCAAAAGGAUUUGCAGGACUAAAUGGGAAAAUAGUAGCAGUUCUUUCAGUAGCACAACACAGGAACAGGCCAGAAUCUGUGUAUUUUUUCAAAAGAGGUGGCAAUAUUCAACACUAUGUCUACAAUCAAGAACCCGCUAAGAAGUGCAAAAAGAAAGUAUAUGUUAGGUACCCAGCUUAUACACCCAGAGCAGUGAUCAAGAGGAGACGCUUUGAACGUGCAAUAAGAUCAGCAGUUGUGUACCACACACCUGUCAUGUCCCACACGAUCAGACUCCACCAUAAUCCAUCAGGAAUAUUACAUCAUGAGGUUAAAAUAAAUUCUUACUGGAGAGGAUUUCCAAAGGUAGUUCGCUCAGCUAUAUCAAUACCUAACUACCAAAGGCCAGAUGGCUAUGAUUACUAUGUUUUCUCUAAAGAUCAAUACUAUAAUGUGGAUGUGGCCAGCAGAAUAGCAAGAUCAGUUACCGCUCAGACUGGGCAGACAGUAUCCAAUGACUGGUAUAAGUGUCCAAAAGAAGAUGUGUAACAGGAGUGGAAAGAAAGAAGCCAUAAUCAUUGGACAGUUUGUUUAAUUUUAUUAAUAAAGACAGUGAAAUGUGCACACAUCAAUCUACGUACAAAAUGCUGCUUUUAGCGCUGUAAUCAUUAAACUAAAGCAACAAUAGCCAAUCUGACAGUCUGUAUACACAGCUUCAAUUACUUUACAGAACUUUUAACUAAUAUUGCCUCUGUUUAGGCCUCC